UCGUGACCAAGCUAUGAACUUGAUAUUGAUUUUUUCUGGUUGUCUUCGUAAAUGGAGAAAAAAUUUUCAUUUUUCUUCGCUUUGAAGUUGAAUAAAUUUAUGGUCGAGUGUAUAUUUCUUUGAUCGCGAGAACACGAGGCAAAAGAAGAAGAAAAAAGAAGUGGUAUUUUUCUUUGAAUUUGAGUCUGGUCUUCUGCUACUGGUCCAAUGCCUUCUCCUAUCUUGCCUCAGUGGCAUGAUAAAGCUAGUGGAUUCUUUUCUUCCUCAGGUGUAAAGAUUAAAGAAGCUGGACAAUCAGCCGGAACAUUUGUAGGUGAGGUUGCGAAGGAUGCAAGAGGUAAUGUCGCAGAUGUGGCAGGGCGAUUUGGCUCGCUGGUCAAAAGUCGAUGGGCGCUUCUCCAGCAGCCAUCGACAAAACAUGCCGUGCAAGAACGUCUUAUAACCGCAGCUGCUACCACUGGCACAUUGUUUAGGAGGAGCCUCUCAGAGACGAAGGAUAAGGUAGCUGUUGGGAAGACAAAAGUUGAAGAGGUGGCCAAGAAGACAGCACAAAGAAGUAAAACCAUUCUGACUGAUAUUGAAAGAUGGCAAAAGGGUGUUGCUAGCACUGAUGUAUUUGGAGUUCCAAUUGAAGUUACUGUACAAAGAGAACAAUCCAUGAGACCCAUUCCCAACAUGUUGGUCAAGUGUGCAGAUUACCUCGUAUUAUCAGGACUCAAUACACCAUUCCUGUUUAAAACGGAGGCAGAUAAAAAAGUUAUUCAGCAAUUAGUUUCACUAUUCAACCAAGAUUCAAAUGCAUCAUUACCAGAGAGUGCAAAUUCAAUAGAGGUGGCAGCUCUAGUCAAGUAUUACCUAGCUAGCCUUCCCGAGCCCCUAACAACAUUUGAGCUUUAUAACGAAAUAAAAGGUGCUCGUUCUAGCAUAAAUGCAAUGAGAAAUAUAUUGAAGAGGCUUCCGAAUGUAAACUAUAUGACCCUGGAAUUCAUUACUGCAUUACUCCUCCAUGUUAGCCAGAAAGCACUUGUUAACAAGAUGGACACCGGAAGUCUUGCCAUGGAAAUGGCCCCAGUUAUGAUUUGGCAGAAAGGAAGUGAACCUGACAUCUAUAGGCAGUAUUGGAGCCAACCACCAAAAGGACCUUCCAAUAAUAAUUUUGAACCCCCUCCUACUUAUAGUGCAUGGGACAUGCUUUCUGAGGAAGGGGAGGCUACUGAUGCUUCUUCUCCCAUUCCAUUGGACGAUGGCGUGCCGAUGGACUUUGGAGCAAUCGAGGUUGUUCAGUGCCUCAUAGAACAUCACAAUGCCAUUUUUACAGAUGCUAAUGAAACAAUUUGGAAAUGAGAUUGGAGAUUGAUAAAGUUGCAGUGCUUUACCAUAUUUGGUCAAGAUGAUCAUCUCAGCAGCAGGGCAUUCGAUUUCUUUGAGAAGCCAGUUAGUGUUACUGAACAGAGACUGGUUAGCAUGUAGACGUUCGAGUCUCAUAUGUAUUUGGAAAGAACAGUGUUGCCCUUUUUCUGUCGAGAGAAAAACGCUGCCUCCUAUCAUAAGAUCUGUAAAUCUUGAGCUAGAAAUAUAUGUUUUCCGUUCGAGUCAUUUUUAGGA